AUGACCGAUCUCACCGUAUGCUCUCGUUCAAAUGACGCGAUGCUCGACGUUCUAUCCAGGGUCUCCGCUAUAGUGAAGGCUGUACAGCUCGUCCCAGGUCAAUACGAUGCUAUGAUGGCACGGCCGAACUCGCCUCAUCUGGAGCCCCUCAUCCAGUUUCUUGGGCAACGUGCUGAAGAGGAAGUCAUCGCCGGUACCCAGUUACAGCUCAGGGACAAGCUUCACCGAGGCGAUCUCCGUGUGAUGCGUCACUAUCACACAGGAGCCGGAUACGUUCAACUGCGCUUUCUAGUGGCGCAGGGACUUAAUGUCUUCUACGCCGCGAUCACAGAGAACUAUGCCAUCCUGGAGGGCAAUGAGUUCGUUCCCGAUACCUUCUACAGCGACUUUAACAUUACGCAUUGA